GCCGUACGACCCUCUAUUGUAGGAAAGAAGGAUCAGGCAACUGCUGCUACUCCUCUCAUUGCCGUUGCUGUCCCGCUGUGGGAAGACAACAAGGCCUCCUACCCUCCCUCUCUAGUUUGUAAAAGUCGCAUUUCCACAAAGGGCGGGAGGGCGGGAGGAAGAGAGAUGGCGUUAGGCGGUUGUCUGGCGUUGAUGCUACAUUUUGCUGCUUUAUUUUAUUCCACCGGAAAGUGUGUUGUUGUCGGACGGAGGCCACUCUCUCGAACUCUUGCCAAGAAGAGAAGGAUCGGAAAGAAGGAAGAAGGGAAAAAAACAUUUGGGAAUAAGAAAAAUGUUUAG